CUCUCCCCUCGGGGAUGCCGGGAUGUUUACAGUUCUGGCAGCAGCAGCAGGCUGGGCUGCUACCGCCGCGGCCGCUCGGUUCGCGCACGGGGAGACCCGCAGCGAGCGUCCGGCGCGGCCCGGCCCUGACUGGGCUCCUGGGUGCGGAUCUCUCCGCGGAGGCAGCGAGGCCGGCUCCGGGCCCCCGGCGCGAGGAGGAGGGAGACCGAGGCCUGUCUGAACAUAAAAAGCUCUGUUUGAUACAAUGGAUGAACAGUCACAAGGCGUGCAAGGGACUCCUGUUCCACAGUUUCAACCACAGAAAGCCUUACGACCUGAUAUGGGCUACAAUACGUUAGCUAACUUCCGAAUAGAAAAGAAGAUCGGCCGUGGACAGUUCAGUGAAGUUUACAGAGCAACUUGCCUUUUGGAUGGGGUACCAGUAGCACUGAAAAAGGUGCAGAUAUUUGAUUUAAUGGAUGCCAAAGCCCGGGCUGACUGCAUCAAAGAAAUAGAUCUUCUUAAGCAACUGAAUCAUCCAAAUGUAAUUAAAUACUAUGCCUCCUUCAUUGAAGACAAUGAGCUAAACAUAGUGUUGGAAUUAGCAGAUGCUGGAGACCUCUCUAGAAUGAUAAAGCAUUUUAAGAAACAGAAGAGGUUGAUUCCUGAAAGGACAGUUUGGAAGUACUUUGUUCAGCUGUGCAGUGCAUUGGAACAUAUGCAUUCUCGUCGUGUCAUGCAUAGAGAUAUAAAGCCAGCUAAUGUGUUCAUUACAGCUACAGGGGUAGUAAAGCUUGGAGAUCUUGGACUUGGACGAUUUUUCAGCUCCAAAACCACAGCUGCACAUUCUUUAGUGGGUACGCCUUAUUACAUGUCUCCAGAGAGAAUACAUGAAAAUGGAUACAACUUCAAAUCUGACAUCUGGUCUCUAGGCUGUCUACUAUAUGAGAUGGCUGCACUGCAGAGUCCCUUUUAUGGUGACAAAAUGAACUUGUACUCUCUGUGCAAGAAGAUAGAACAGUGCGACUAUCCACCUCUUCCUUCAGAUCACUAUUCAGAGGAACUGCGACAAUUAGUUAACAUAUGCAUCAACCCGGAUCCAGAGAGGCGACCAGACAUAGCCUAUGUCUAUGAUGUAGCGAAACGUAUGCAUGCACACACUGCAAGCAGCUAAAUAGACAAAAGAUCAUGAAGAAAAGAACCAGAAAUUUUCAAGUAUUUUUGUGCAAAUCCUCCCACCCCUUUUUCAUCUGUGUUACAUAAAUGUAGUUAUUCAGAACAGACUGAUGUGCUUUGAAUUGUGAACCAGUUUACACACAAGCUUCCUGAGGUGUUUUUUUACCAAUUCGUAGUUUAAAAAUAUAGGUUUAAAUAGUAAAUAAAAAACAGAUUUAAAAUGUAAAGUAUACAGUGGAAAAUAGUGGUUCCUGACAGCUUUAAAAAUAGUGAUUUCAUAUGUAUUUUCAAAUGUAUUUUGUUAAUAACAAAAUUGUAAUCAGUUGGGAGUUCAAUUCUAAAACAUCAUAGCACUGCAGUUUUGCACGAUAUGGAUAUUAGGCUUAUUACCUAGAAACAAAAUGUUUGAAUCUUUCUCACUUUUUAUAACUUAUGGAAGUUAUGAAUCAACACAAUUAAUGAGUUUAUUUUAAUUUUUGUUCUACAAGGGAAAUAAUUGUAAGAGAAUUGUUUUCUAUUUUAUAAUGAGUUGUACGUAGUUUGCAGUCCAUCUUCUCAAGAUAAGUGAAGAUGGAAACCAUCUGAUUAGCUGUUUUGAUGAAAUGGCAACUGUUAAAUGUGAAAAAAAAGUUUUUUGGCAAAAUUGUGAGACACUCAAAAAUCUCUGUAACUUGUCCCUUUGUGUUAUUGUGGCUUAAAUGAACUCAGAAAAUUGGCUUUAAGGAUUUGGUUUGGCCAGGUUAAACCCCAUACUUGCAAUUUGAUUGGUAUGGCUUGACCUACAUACCUGUGCAGCACUUUGUUGACUUCAGUGGGUCUGUGCACAGUCAGAUCCUAAAACCCUUGCAGCUUCCUGUUGUGGUAAAUGGGGUUCGUCUGCACAGGCACAUGACUGUCUGAACAGGCCUGUUUGAAGGAUGAGGGCCUUACGUUACAACUCCCUAGGGAUUUCUGUUUGUGGUGGUGUUUCUAGAUUUUGUUUUAAAAUCCUUUGGGUGACCUUAUACUACUAUAUUUUGAAUUCCUUCUAAAAAUACUUUUUUAAUCCAAUGCCUAUUGCCCAAAAUACAACUGUGCAUUGUAAUAUUUUCAUAAAAUACCGGGUUUUGUUAUCUACCCUAUCUUUUUAUAUGCUGUAAAAGUUACUUUAGCUUUUGCAUUUAAAGAAAAAAAAUCAGUGCUGCUUUAUUUGUGCAGUCAGUAUAUUUGUUGAUUAUACUUUAAAAUGGUAUCAUUUCACCAAUAUUUUAUCUGAGUUCGAAAGUAAGUUCAAAAUAUGUUGGUUACACUUAUAUUGGUCACUGUGUAUGCAUGAAUGAUUUAUUUUAUUUGGAAGUGAAAGUAAGUACACACCAAUACAUUGUACCUAUAAAUGCUGAUGAAAAUUGAGGUCUUAAUUUCUCAGAAUUUCAAGACCAUAUUUUUAAACAAACACAUAAAGCUGCCAAAGUGGUUCAUUGCUGCAAGGUUGACAAUGAGAAUUUUAUUGAUACCAGCUUUAUUAUUGAGAUGUAGUUAAUUUAAAUCUUUUUUUGAUACAAAAAGUCAGGAAAAAGUAAAAAUUCAGUACUUACAUGUAAAUAUUGGAUCUGUAUACAUGAAGUUCACGAUGCAUUCAACAUUUAUAACUCUUGUUUUUCCACAUUUCCUUUAUUAAACAAGUUUGCUUAGACAGUAAAAUGAACACUGUGCAGCAAUAGUUCUGUUUCUUUGAUAGGAACCUUCAUUUGAUUUGACAUAAUUUGUAAACAAUAAGAACCCAGCUAUGGAUUUAUAGACAAGUUUCAACACAUAGAAAAGUUUUUAAAUGUUAAGAAAUGACAUCUUAUUGAAAACUAUUUGUUUUCAAAAAUGCAGUAUUUUUUUAUACG